AUGGGCAUCGAGGGCAACGAGGCUGCAGACCUCCUCGCGGACGAGGGGGCGCUACACGGCCGGGUCAUCGGCCCUCAAGCCUCCCCAACCAUCAGCGGGAUAAGGUCUAUCUACCGGGAGCUUCGGGCCGAGGCACGGCUCCAAUGGUGGGAUAAGGCCUCGACUAAGCUCUCUACAUGGUCCCGGAGGAUGUUCGGCAGGUGGCCCCAGCGGCCCCUAGCGCCGCCGGAGACUCAGAUGGAGGCAGUAGCCUACCUACAGACCCUCGAACCGCUAGAGUUCGCGGAGCUCCUCCGGGUCACAGAGUUCUACUUUAAGCACUACACGUGGUAG